GGGGCCGAGCCAGUUCUGGCGGGAAGAAGGAGAUGGCCGAGACAGACCCCGGCCAACGGAGCUACAACAUGCCGAAAUCACUGUCCGACCUGAACCGAGACCUGGAAAACCUGCUGGAAGAGAUGGAAAAGAUUUCAGUUGAAGCAACCUGGAUGGCCUACGACAUGGUGGUGAUCCGCACCAACCCGGCCCUGGCUGACAUCCUGCAACGCCUGGAGGGCGCCUUCCUGGACUGCAAGAAGGAGAUGGAGAAGAACUGGCAGGCGCUGCUGCAGGAGACCAAGUCCACGCCCUCCCGCUGAGCCCGCCACACCUCGACAUGGCCACGGAGGUCCCCAGGAGAGAGUUAUUGGGAGAGCGCGGGCCUGGAAAGCUGGGACCUGCACCUAGACAGACUACACCUAAAAACAAGAGCUGUUGCCUAUAAAUAUCUUUUCAAGCUUAAAA